CAUAAAUGGCAGCGUUUUGUCAAUAGAAAAUUCCUGAACUUUCAAGAUAUAUCGAUUCGAGAUGGAUACGUUUCACCCAGGAGGAAUUUUCAAAAAUCUUCCACUAGGAAACAAAUCUUUUCGUACUAACACCACAUCUCGCUUGUGUUGGAACAUUAUGUUCAUUAACAAGAGGAUUAAAUGGCUAUAUGGUGCCAAGAUGACGUACAGCCCAAAGGGCCGCUUCCUACUCCCGUACUUUAUCGUAUUAAUGACCUUGUUGAUUUUAAUCAUCGUCUGGCUCAAUACAAAUCAAAAUUUUGAAAUGUCGACUCAGUGCAGCCCAUCAGAGGCAAAUGAAUUCAACGGCUUCUACCUCAGGCGGAAGCUGUCAAGCAACAACAACAACAUCUUUUUCAUUGAGUCUUCCUGUAUGACGAGAGAGAUGAACAACUCCAAAGGUAUUCGUCUAAAUUCAAGACAGGCAUGCGCCAUAUAUUCAGCAGCAAAAAAGAAUCCGACGAGAUAUAUUGUGCUCUUUCAUUCCUGCCCGCUUGAUAACGAUUUCUAUGAAAAAGCUAGUCCUGUAAUUAAGGAAUUACUCGAUCUUCCAAAUGUCGCCAUCGUCAGUAAGGCUAUCAUUGAUAUAUACACUGGCUCAUUACUGGAGCCUCUUAUACAUUCGGGGAAAAUCUUCCAAUCCCAGUAUCCCAUAGAGCACAACGCUGAUAUAUUAAGAAUAUUUCUUGUUUAUCUAUUCGGUGGCGCGUACAUGGAUAUGGAUGUCGUAAGUUUAAAACCUCUUGAUGAUCUCGGCCAUAAUUUCAUAGGAGCCCAAGAAGAGACUCAGCUAGGCUCAGGUGUUUUCCAGUUUGAUUUUGAUGGAAAUGGACACGAAUACUUAAAGAGGAUAUUACAAGAGGUGGUUCAAAAUUACGAUCCGUACACAUGGGCUGGAAAUGGACCCGUACUAGCUGGGCACGUCUUACAAAAAUUUUGUAAUAUGUCAGCUGUUAUUGAUUGGAGGAUAGUCGGGAAAAUACCAGGGUGUAAUAUAACAGUCCACCCACCCAAGGUGUUCUACCCAAUUGAGUACUCCUCCUGGAGCACUUACUACAACGAGUCCAAGGCCGAUUAUGUCAAGGAACAACUCAAGGAAACGUACGUCGUCCAUGUAUGGAACCACCUGAGUCGCCAAGCAGAUGUGAUCAUCGGGUCGAACCAGCCGUAUGGAAAUAUUGCCAAGGAGCAUUGUGCUCCCAUAUACUGGAAAUCGAAGCAUCAUUUUUGAAAAGCUGAAUAGUUUUUCAACCUAUCUAGUCGUUUGGCUUUAUACGUUACAUAUUUUUGUUUUUAUGAAUAAUAUGUUUAUUCAAUUUUCACACAUUUUUUUCCAACCAAAGAUGCAAGAUGCAACCACAGUCCAAAUUUUGGCUUGCAGAGUUUACCUAUGUUAAUUUAAAUGUUUAUUUAAUUAACAAAUAUAAAUAUGUUUAUGUUUAUAAUGAGACAGCUAUUGUCUCUGAACCUCACGUCCACAUUAAUAAAUAAAUAAUUUAUUAAUUAUAUAUUAAAACAAGUUUAGGGACCCAUGUUAAUACAAGAGAUAAACUAUAUUUUUUGUGUAACAUGUUAUAAUCUAAAUAUAAUCUUGUUACCAUUUUGAUCAACAUUCAAGAAUCUUUAUAUAUUUUAUUUUUCUAUUUAUAGUUCAACAUAGAGUGUAUGUUUGCCAUGUUGUACAUUUAUAUGUGAUUUAAAUGUGUAAUUAUAAUAUCUAUUUGUAUA